AUCCAGAACACAAUACAUAAAGAAGGAUCAUGGAUACCCAACUAAUCCGGACAGUGAAUAAACUUCAGGAUGCCUUUUCUACUGUGGGCGUACACAAUCCAGUCGACCUACCCCAGAUUGCAGUCAUUGGCUCCCAAUCAAGCGGCAAGAGUUCAGUUCUCGAGAACAUUGUCGGUAGAGAUUUCCUUCCACGAGGAACUGGUAUCGUCACUCGCCGACCUUUGAUCCUCCAACUUAUUAACCGCUCAAGCACCCACAAACCUUCUGCUGCCGAAAGUGCAAAAGAUGGAGAAAAAGAAGAAGAGAGUCCAAAAGGAAAUGACUAUGAAAAUCCUGACGAGUGGGGAGAGUUCCUUCAUCUUCCAGGCCAGAAAUUCUACAAUUUUGAUAAAAUUAGAGAAGAAAUUGUAAAGGAUACAGAGCUGAAGACUGGCAAGAAUCUUGGUAUCUCACCACAGCCCAUCAACCUUCGUAUCUUUUCUCCAAAUGUUCUUACUCUGACUCUCAUCGAUCUUCCUGGCCUGACAAAGGUUCCUGUAGGAGAUCAGCCCAAAGAUAUCGAGAAGCAGAUUCGUGAUAUGCUUCUCAAAUACAUUACUAAACCCAAUGCAAUUAUCCUAGCAGUAACUGCUGCUAAUCAAGAUCUCGCAAACUCUGAUGGGUUGAAAAUUGCUAGAGAAGUUGAUCCCGAAGGAUUGCGCACAAUCGGUGUCUUGACUAAGGUUGAUUUGAUGGAUCAGGGAACAGACGUAAUUGAUAUAUUGGCAGGAAGAGUGAUUCCAUUGAGAUUAGGUUAUGUCCCUGUUGUUAAUCGUGGUCAGAGAGAUAUUGAAUCCAAGAAGGCGAUCACAAAAGCAUUGGACUCUGAAAGAGAUUUCUUUGAAAAUCAUUCAUCUUAUCGAAGCAAGGCCCAGUACUGCGGUACACCUUUCCUUGCUCGCAAACUUAACAUGAUCCUUAUGCACCACAUUCGCAAUACCCUCCCAGAGAUUAAGGCCAAGAUUCAAUCUGCCUUGUCUAAAUACCAGCAAGAACUUCUUCAAUUGGGCGAUCCUUUGGGUGAUGGCACAUCUAACCAAGCCAACCUUGUCCUUAAUAUAAUUACCGAGUUCUGUACCGAGUUCCGAACUAUUAUUGAUGGUAACUCCAACGAUUUAUCGAGCUUUGAGCUUUCAGGUGGUGCACGUAUUAGUUUUGUAUUUCAUGAACUCUACGCAAACGGGGUCAAGAGUAUUGAUCCUCUUGAGCAGACAAAGGAUGUGGAUAUUCGCACCAUAUUGUACAACUCAUCGGGUUCAUCACCUGCUUUAUUUGUUGCCACCACAGCAUUUGAAGUCAUUAUUAAGCAACAAAUCAAACGUCUUGAAGAGCCAAGUGUAAAGUGUAUCAACAUGGUAUAUGAUGAGCUUGUGAGGAUAUUGGGACAGCUCUUAAACAAGCAGUUCUUUAAGAGAUUCCCUACUUUGAAAGAAAAAUUUUACCAGGUUGUACUAGCGUUCUUCAAAAAGGCAGUUGCACCUACAACAAAACUUGUGUCUGACCUUGUUGCAAUGGAAGCAUGCUACAUUAACACAGCUCACCCUGAGUUCUUAAAUGGUCACCAGGCCAUCACGAUUGUUAACGAACAACUUCGCCCCAAGCCGCAACAAGGACAAUUGCAAAACGGUCCCGAAUAUCAAACCAAAGGCAUGAAGAAUCAGUCACUACUACAGCAGCAGCAACAGCAGCAGCAACAGCAGCAACAACAACAACAACAACAAUUAUCAGCACUCCAGACUAACAAUGUCGGAACACCUGGAUCAGAAAGUGAGAAUGGGUCUUUCUUUGGAAGCUUCUUUUCUGGACCAAAAAAGACAAAGAAGGCUGGGCCUAUGAUGGAAGCUCCUCCUGCCACACUAAAGGCAACAGGUGCAUUAUCAGAACGCGAGUAUAUGGAGACUGAAGUUAUUAAGCUAUUGAUCCAGUCUUACUACAACAUUGUCAAGUGUAGCAUGGUUGACAUGGUUCCAAAGGCUAUUAUGCUUAAUCUUGUCAGUCACUCAAAGGAAGAACUCCAAAGAGAACUCCUUUCUGAGCUUUACAAGGCCGAUGUAUUGGACGAUCUUUUGCAGGAAUCCGAGUUCACACAGCAGAGACGGAAAGAAUGCAAGAAGAUGAUUGAGGCACUGCAAAAGGCAGACGAGAUCGUUGGAUCUGUUUAAAGCGAUAUUUACUUGUUUUUUUUAUAUAUAUUUAUUAAAAGAAAAAAGCGUCUUAUUUUUAUUCCCCACAUUUCUAUUAGCCAGAAAAGAACACAGAAAUUAAAGUAUAGGGAAGUCUAGAGCAUAAUAAAUGUAUCGCCAACUUCUAUUACUUCUCUAUAUAUUUCUAUCUCUUGAUACCAAUAUAUGUAUGCAUUACUAUUGAAGUAUUUUAUCACGAUUUGGUACCAAAAAGUCAAUAUCUCGAAUGUAAAAUAUGAAAACGCUAUUAUAAUCCUUU